AUGUCGACCUACUACGAGUCUUCGCCCUCGCAGUGGCCUCCCUCCGGCCAGUCUGGUUGGGAUCACCAGACUCCUCCUCCGGCCCGAUCUGGCGCCAGCUCCGUCAUUCCUCGUGAGGAGGCCGCCGCGUUCACUCACCAACUCGAAGAGGUUGACCGCGCCAUUGACAACUUGGUUAAGAGCGGAAAAAUGUUUGGAGGAGCCGGGGGUCGUCGUGAGUUUAUUCCCCGUCCCGGCCCCGCCAGACAGUACCCAGCUUUCGACGCGCACCCUCGAGGCUGGCCGGGCCAAGGACGCCCUCCUGCUGGCCCCGGUUCUCGCCCCCAUUCCGUGGCCGACUUCGGCGAUGCCCGCGGCGGACACCAAGGCUCGAACCUCCAGAACUUUUACGCCAACCAGCGACACCAGUCCUCACGCGGCUCGAACGAGGCGGAACAAAUGAUGCAGGCCAAAAGGAGAAUGGCCGCGCAGCGGGAGCGCGAGCUGCGGAACUACCAUCAGGAGCAGCAAUACAACCGAACUGUUCUUGCCGACAUGUCCUAUGGCAACAGUAAGCCGGACCGUACCAUGAGCCCUGGUAGCCUGUCCGACGAGGAUCGCCGCAAGCUCAUCGCCCAGCAGCGUAGCGCCCUGUACGGAGAGGGACCUUACCCCGAGGGCGCCGGUCUUGGUGACGAAGCUGGCGCACCCCGCCCCGGACUCCCUGGCCCGCAGGGCGGUCCUGCCGGCUUCCGUGGUCACUCGCCCUUGGCUUACGAAUAUGGCCGCGCCCCUCCGGCCCACUCCGACGUCGGCGCUCCGGCCUCUGCCGAUGGUGCUCAGGGUCCUCAGUCCGCAGGCCCGAAUGAGCAAGCCCGUGCCAACAGCAACGCAAGCCCCCAGUCCAACCCGGGAAGCAAGGGUGUCUACGAUGCCUCUGGUAUUCAGCAGUCGAGCCGCACCAGCGUCUCCUCGCCGGGCGGUUCCCCGCCUCGUCAAGGUGCUCCGGGUAGCAAGCCGUCUCAAGGUUCGGUCGCGCCCAUCGGCACUCGCCCCUCGGUCUCCGGACCGUCGCCGAACGCCAGCCUCAACAAGCAGUCCACUACCCCGCUACCUUCGCCUCUGGGUCAGGGCUACAAGGCUCCCGGAAGCGAUGAGGGCGGUGCCCCGACCAGCAUCGCUCCGUCCAACUCUUCGACUGCGGCUCCCGAGGGUGCCAAUGUCGGUCUCACUGGCUGGGGUGCGCGCCCUAACGGCUGGGGCAGCAAGCCCGGCCUCGGCGGCGUCCAGGCUAGUGUGUGGGGUUAG